AAGUUAGUGCAGGGCAGGUUUUCAUCUCAUUAUUCUUUAGUUUUUUCAAACAACUUGUAUCCAUUUAUUUGACAUGGGUAAGUUCUGAAAUUUGGUUAUGGAAAGAUUGAACUCAAAGCUGUACUUGCAAAACUGUUACAUAAUGAAAGAGAAUGAGAGGCUAAGGAAGAAAGCUCAGCUUCUGAAUCAAGAGAAUCAGGCACUUUUAUCUGAGCUCAAACAGAAGCUUUCAAAGGGAAAUAAUAAUCAGAAAACAAAUGGUCCAAAUACCAUUCUUGACCUUAGCCUCACUUCAACUUCUGGUCAAAACCCUUCAAGUUCUACCAAUUAAAAUGUUUACUUAUAUAAGAAGCUUCCUGUGACCCCACUAAAUAUUUUCUGUAUUUUUUUUUUGUUUGUAAAAUCAAUGUUGGAAGUAGUAGUUUUAGUUUCUAUAUCUUAGGCACUAUUACUUCCAUUUCUAUGUUUAAUCAUAUCUUCUUUUUUUAGGGGGUUUAGAUAUCAAUUUCUGGACUAUAUAUAUGGUUGUAUGAUGUAUGAUCAGUCAUAUCUUCUAGAAAGGAAUAUAACUUUAUUAUAUAUUUA